AUGGCCAUACAAGUGUGCUUAAACUCAGGUCAGAAGAUGCCGGUGAUAGGUAUGGGAACAUGCUCUUUCCCUCCGGCGGGAAAAGAGGCAACCGUCGCCGCAAUUGUCGAGGCCAUAAGAGCCGGUUAUCGACACUUCGACACGGCUCAUGCAUAUGGAACCGAGUCGUUCCUUGGGGAGGCCGUUGCCAAAUCCAUACAACUAGGCCUCAUCCAAUCCCGAUCCCAACUUCACAUCACCACCAAGUUAUGGUGUAACUUUGCUACUCGAGACAAAGUUGUUCCCGCCCUAAAAAAUAGCCUUAUGAAGCUUGAAAUGGACUAUGUUGAUUUGUAUUUAAUACAUUGGCCAUUAGGACUGACCCGGGAAGCAUUGGACCUUACCCCGCCUUUACCGAGAGAGAUGAUAGUGCCUUUGGACAUGAAAUCCGUGUGGGAGGCAAUGGAGGAGACGGUUAAGCUAGGUCUUGCGAGGUCCAUCGGGGUUAGCAAUUUCUCCAUAGACAAACUUCGCCAAAUUUUAACGAUUGCUAGCAUUCCUCCCGCAGUCAAUCAAGUGGAGAUGAAUCCACUUUGGAGGCAAGAAAAGUUGAGGGAGUAUUGCAAUGAACAAGGCAUUCACAUAACAGCUUACUCUCCUUUGGGGGCCAACGGCACUAUGUGGGGAGACAAUAGAAUCCUUGAUUCUGACAUCAUUACUGACGUAGCCAAGGCGCGUGAGAAGACCCCAGCUCAGGUGGCGCUGAGAUGGGUAUAUGAACAUGGAGUGAGUUUUGUGUCGAAGAGUUUCAACGAGAAAAGAAUGAGAGAAAAUAUGGAGAUAUUUGAUUGGUCUUUAACCAAAGAAGAAUUUGAGAAGAUCAACACGAUUUCUUAUCAAUGCAAAGGAGUCAAGCUUUCAGCUUUCUUUGGUGCCCAUGAUAUUGUGCUCGAGAUAGACGCUGAAAUCUAA